AUGUGGAACUACGCCAUCGACCAACGGAAGGACGAAGGCAUUUUGCCCUUGGAGCGAGUGCCAAGGCUCACGGUGACUCAGCGGGACAUUCAGCUGCCACAGGUGCAGGACCUCCUUCAGUGGCGGUCAGCCAACCGAAGGCGCCGGGAGCAACGGAAGGCCCAGAAGGAGGCAGAACGCAACCCGAAGCUGGAUGAGAUGUUGACGGCCAUUUUUGGAGCAGAGGAUAUGGACUUGCUCCAGCUUGACGAGGCGCAGCUGCAGAAGCUCAAGGCCUCUGAGGCCUUGGACAGUGCCAGGGCCGAACUCGGCGGCUCUCCGCGGUGCCUUGGCGCGCUGGGUGUGGAAGAAGUGGAGACGCCCUCAGCGCAUCAGCAGCGCUUGAAGAUGGAAGAGUUGGAACUUCUUAAGGAGAUUCGACUGAUUCUCAGCGAAGACGUGGACGAAGCCGUCGAAGCGUUCGAGGCCUUGGACCCGAAGCUGCUGGGUGCCUUACGACACGGUCGUCGGGGCGCCUUCGAUGAGGGCAAGGCCUCCGCGAAGCUGGCGUUGUCCAUCGCAGAUCUGCAGGCACGACAGGAUAAGAACGUGGUCCGGUGCAAGAAGCUUCGGAGGGGAGUGGAGCACACCCGUGCCCUUAGGUCUUUGCCACCGGAUCGCAGUGUGAACAACGAGGAGGUAGCAGAACUUCACAUGAAGGAGGUCCUUCAAGUCCUUGGCGCCGUGGUGGACCGCUGCUGCCGCCGCUCCCAGCGCUUGCACGACGCCUUUGUGCAGCGGCAGGGCUUGCUGAGCGCACGGCUGCAGCGCCGGGUGAAGCGGCUGCGGUACGACCACUGUGAGAUUCAAUCCAAGAAGCAGCAGUCCAUCCUCCCCUGUGUCAUCUCCCACCUCAACGACCAUCUUGAUGAGACGAACGGAGAUAAGAACACCAAUGCCUUUCUGUCGGUGCUGAGCUUCUUGAAGCCUCACCGGACCGUCGUGGAAAAGCAACGGCGGGAAGUGCACCGGAUCUAUUUGAGGCAGGUGGAGAAGAUUCAGCACUUCCAGCGAUUGUUGGCCGAUCCCAACCGCUGCCCCGAGCGCGGGGAGAUCUAUUUGAGCCAAUGCUUUCGCCACGUCCUUUUAGCCGGUCUGGCCGUCGACAAGAGCUACUUCUUCCGAGUGCUACGACAUUUGGAGCCGGAGGAUUUCCAAGAAGUCUUCACGGUGAACUUCUUGGCCGCCUGCUGUGAUGCCUUUGCCAUUCCUGUUCGAGACUAUGCGGAGUACCUGAAGCUUCACGGUUUGCCUUCUUUCGCCCCAAUGACUGCUCCGUCACACGCGCUGCCCUAUGAUGAUACCGCUGCUUGGGACGCCGUCACUUUGGGCCCACUGAAGUUGGUGCACAUCGGCGAUGAGGCCACCUUGGCAGAUGUGCCAUUGUUUCCCGUGCUGCCCACAGCAACCCCACGGACUUCGGAGUUGGCGUCCAGGGAUGAUCCGCUGCAUGAGAUUUUGCGGAGCACCGUCUAUGACGCAGUCCUGGAGCGAUACUCUUCGCCCAGGGCAGCCAAGGUGGUUGCUGCUCCUACAGUGGAGCUCCGCCGCGGUGGCACCGGCCUCGAUGCACCCGAUGCUGCCGGAGGCGAUGCGGAGGGCGGUGCGGGAUCCAGGAUCCCAAGGCCGCCCCUUCAGACACUAUCUGGGAUCCAUCAAUAUGUACAAGAAGAUGGCUCGACCGGGCGCUCACAGCCCUUUGAUGGCCACCUCCAGCUUCCGGCGUGCAGCACACAAGGUCCCGAUGGUCGGCAGCCGGCCCUUUGUGCCCAACAAGCACCAAACUCUGCGGCGGAUGUGGGGCGUGGCGGAGCCCCUGGCAAGUCAGGCAGCAGCCUUUGUGAAGAAGACACCGCGGGCGGCCAGCCAUAUGGAGGUAGUGCACGAGAGUGGAGAAACUGGCGUCACCUCUCCAUGAGAUGUCGACGUUCGGGUCACCUCUCCGUGCCGACCUGUGGCCGUGGGACCUUCGCUUGGUCGAAUGCAUGA